CCCAAAAUCCCAAUCCAGGCUCCUCGGAGAUGUACACGGCAAUCCGCGGAGACGAUGAGGCAGGCCGAGUGAGAUAGAAGCAGCACAGCUUCCGCUUCCGGUCCUCGCCAUCGAUUCGCUCAUGGCCUCCACCUCCUACUGCGCCACUCCAUCUCCGUCCCUACGAUGCUCUGCCGCCUUCUUCCCCACCUUCGCCUCUCCGCCUCCCGCCCUCCGCUUCGCCGUCCCUCCGCUCCUCCCCCGCCGUCUCGCCAUAUCCCCACCGAGAGUUCGAAUUCCGGCGGUGGCGUCAGCGCUGGAGUCCCUAGUGCAGGAGUCCGAUGACGAGGACGAGGAGGACGACGGGUCUGGGCUGUUCAAGGACGAGGCGUGGGCGUCGGCGGACGAGAGGGACGCGGUGCGGUCCCCGGAGCUGGUGGUGCCCGAGCUGGAGGAGCUGCCCGAGCAGUGGCGCCGCUCCAGGAUUGCCUGGCUCUGCAAGGAGCUCCCCGCCUACAAGCACUCCACCUUCACCCGCAUCCUCAACGCCCAGCGCAAGUGGCUCACCCAGGAGGACGCCACCUACGUCGCCGUACACUGCCUCCGCAUCCGCGACAACGACGCCGCCUUCCGGGUGUUUAGCUGGAUGGAGCGGCAGCACUGGUACCGCUUCAACUUUGCGCUUGCCACAAGGGUGGCGGAUUUUCUCGGCAGGGAAGGCAAGGUUGAGAAAUGCCGGGAGAUGUUUGAGGCAAUGGUCAAGCAGGGCCGUGUGCCUGCCGAGUCCACCUUCCACAUACUGACCGUUGCGUACCUCAGUACGCCCAGGGGACGGUGCCUCGAGCACGCUUGCACUAUCUACAACCAGAUGAUACAGAUGGGCGGCUACAAGCCUCGCCUCAGCCUUCACAACUCAUUGUUCCGCGCACUUGUGAGUAAGACAGGAGGAACUGCAAAGCACAACCUCAGGCAGGCUGAGUUUGUCUACCACAAUCUGGUCACCACCAAUCUUGAGGUGCACAAGGAGGUCUAUGCUGGGCUCAUCUGGCUUCACAGCUACCAAGAUGUCAUUGAUAGAGACAGGAUCAUAGCUCUUAGGAAGGAAAUGAAGCAGGCUGGUUUUGAUGAGAGUAUUGAUGUGCUGGUGUCAGUCAUGCGGGCCUUCUCCAAAGAAGGGAGGGUUCAAGAAACAGAGGCAACAUGGCAUGAAAUUCUCCAGAGGGGUUCAGAACUUCCUGCUCAGGCCUAUGUCUGCCGAAUGGAGGUUUAUGCUCGAACUGGUGAGCCUAUGAAAUCCCUGGAUAUAUUCAGAGAAAUGAAGAGGCAAAGUAUACCCCCAAACGUUGCAACUUAUCAUAAGAUAAUUGAGAUAAUGGCAAAUGCUGAGGAGAUAGAUGUUGCGGAACAACUUAUGGAUGAAUUUUCUGAGAGUCAUAUGAAGCAUCUGAUGCCAGCAUUUCUUGCCCUGAUGUACAUGCAUUUGGAUCUUGAUAUGCAUGAGAAAUUAGAAUUAACAUUCUCGAAAUGCCUUGCUAGGUGCCGUCCAAAUAGAAUCUUGUACAUCAUCUAUCUAGAAUCACUGAUAAGGGCUGGAAAUGUCGAGAAAGCUGAGGAGGUCUUCGAUGAAAUGCACAAAAAAGGGACGAUAGGUACUAAUGCAAAAUCUUGCAACAUCAUGCUAAGAGGUUAUAUUUCUGCAGAAGACUAUCAGAAAGCUGAAAAGGUUUAUGAUAUGAUGUGUAAAAAGAAGUAUGAUGUACAAGAGGAUUUGUUGGAAGAACUUCAGACUGGCCUCCGUCUUGGUAAGAAAGUCGCUGUUAAGCCAAAACCCGUGAGCAUCAAAUUGGAUCAAGAGCAGCGUGAGAUUUUGAUUGGUUUGCUUCUGGGAGGCACACAGAUUGAAUCUCAUGCACAGAGAGGGGUCCAUAUUGUCCAUUUUAAGUUCCAGGAAGAUUCUGAUGCCCAUUCGGUCUUAAGGGUGCACAUUCAUGAGCGUUUCUUUGAAUGGCUGACUUCAGCAAGCAGAUCAUUUGAGGAUGAGAGCAAGAUACCUUAUGAGUUCUCAACCAUACCUCAUUUACAUUUCGGUUUCUUUGCUGACCAGUUCUUUCUAAAAGGCCAGCCUGUUCUCCCAAAGCUUAUCCACAGGUGGUUAUCUCCACGUGUUCUAGCGUAUUGGUUCAUGUUUGGAGGCCUCAAACUCUCGUCAGGUGAUAUCGUUCUCAAGGUCAGUGGUGGGAACAGUGAGGGUGUUGAAAGAAUUGUAAACUCCUUGCAUGCACAGUCCUUACCUAGUAAAGUGAAGAGGAAAGGGCAAUUCUUCUGGAUAGGUUUUCAGGGGAGCAAUGCCGAUUCUUUCUGGAAAGUUAUAGAACCUUAUGUAUUGGACGGUUUCUUGGGUUUGACAACACAGGAAAGCGGCACCGCAGGUUCUGGUGAUGACCAAGAAACUGAUACUGAUUCUGAUGAUGAUGCUCAUAAGUAUGGAAGUGAAGAGUGAAUACCAGGGAGCAGGAGAUGUCUGGUGACAGGAGGUACUUCAUCAACGUCAAGUUCUUGCUGCGAACAGAUGUGCUAUAUUUUAGUGGUUUGGUGGUAGAGCUUGAAAAGUCUCCAAGUGGCGGUUUUCGCUUGUAAAGUGGAAAAGUGAACCGGGGCUCUGCCCUUAUAGCCUGCAACGUAGACUGAAGACAAUAUUCAGGAAGUAGUUCAUUAUAAUCUGAACAUCGGAAGGAACACAACUUCACAAGCCUACAGAUUGAUCAGGGUUUUGUUACGUAUACUUUUACUUUGUUGUUCACCUUCUUAGUACAGUAAGUACUAACAACAUGUUGCCCGUAUUGAUCUACCCCCUCCAUAAAAAGUAGUGAUCUAAACACUCUUAUAUUUCUUUACAGAGGGAGUACCUAUGUAGCCAUCUGCAUGAUAGAUUUGCACACUAGACUAGACAGAAAAUUUGUGGAUUUCUGUCGACCACUUACAGUACGUUAUAUGUUGUGCAUUUAAUCACCUGUUCUCA